UUUUUGGUCUAGAAAAAUGCUAGGGCCAAGGAGCAAUUCAGAAUAUCCUUGGCCAAAUUUCAACAGACAGACAGAUGACAGCACGCUCUGAUACCUAUUCUAAGUAAUUUCAGUAUAAGAUAGCGGUUUAUUUUUGGUCACUUUGCCUUCAUGUGUACAAUUAAACUUUAUCUUCUGCUUUCCUUUUCAAUUGACUUUUGAUUUACGAAAGUGGGAGCCUGUAUUUGAAUACGUAAUUAAUCCGAAAAUGCGGUUGAUAUUUGACAUUACUGGCCUGAACUGGAAAGACGGCAAAAUCGUUUAAAAGCAAGACUCGCAUAUUGCUUGUGGCACGGAAAAUCUCAUUAUGUAGAUUUAAAUUAUUUUUUAUUAAAGCGUGUCAUGGGCGAAACAAAUUCACAAAGAUGGGCGAACAAUUUCAAAAGCAAUAGAAAUGCUUACUGUUGAGGAAAGGGAACAGCAAAGAAUGUCAAGUUUAUUUAUAUAACGGUAUCGAACCAAACCGAGUUGCAAAUGGGGGGUGCGUAAAGAAGCACAUAUUUUAGGGGAGGGGGAAGCAGAUAUCCUGCCCCCUCAAGUCCUAAUCACCUUAGAAUCUUAUAGCUACUUCGGCAACUCUACUCUUUGUUCACUAAUUUCGCCAAUCCAACAUGGACACCUUAAACAGCUCUAAGGUACAACACACACAAAUUUCUCAUCGUGUUUGAUUUUCCAUUAGACAACCACGAGACUCUCGGAGACACGAACUUUGCUCGUUGAUUCGCCGAGUUAGAUUUGACUUCACCUAAAAAGAUUUCGUCAACUUUCUGAAUUUGUUUCUCAACUGAAAAACAAAUUUGAACAUGAAACUGAAAAAAACCUCACACUUUCGACAUCUGUGAUGCUUAUUUCAAAAUUGGAUUGAGUUCCGCUUACAAAUUCUUACGACAACUUUAUAAAUAGAAAAUGAAAAUUGUUGCCUCGAUUUGAUAAGGCAAAAAAAUAAGUAAAGAAAAUAUUUCUAAAUUUAUCAUUCUGGAAGCGUUCUCGUCCGUUUGGCGAGAGAUAGAAUCAAUCAUAACAACUUUUGUCUGUCAACUUUUGUCUCAUCUUGCUCGAGGUCACCCCGGCCUAAAUUCGAUUUUCACGCCUGACGUAAGUUGGAAAUUUAUCAACUUAACUUUGGUAGCCGACAGUGAAUAAUUUUUUUGUUCGAUUUUUUCAUAUCUUUCUGUUUUUUGUGUGAAAAACAUUAUCAGAAACUGUGCUAUAAGCCUGCUGAAAAGUCGCCGAACUUUCGAGAAAAAUUCAUGUUGUAGGCUAAGCUACGAAAGAACCGUUUUCAAAGUUAUUUGUUUUAUUAGGAACAUAAAUUUGCGUCAUAGUUUCUAAAUACUAGUUCAUUUCUAGUAAACCUAUGUGAAUCUUUUUAUUAUAGAUAGAUUUUCACAAAGGUGAUUAGAAAAGGGAUGAGGGUUGAGAACGCGUCUCAAUGUAAGCUUUCGUGUCACAUCAAGAGAUGUAGCGCGGGAAGUAAUGUCUCCGCAAAGCGCUGUAACGCCAGAAUUUACGAUGUAGUAGCAAGAUUUGAUCAGUGAAGUAACCGUCGCGGACGUGCUAUUUCAGAUGUUUUUUUAGCAUUUUUCUAGUUUUAUUGCGAUUAUCCUUUGAGAACGCCGGUGCAUGCUGCUGGCGAUUACCCCCGUCUCGAUGUUCGCUGCGAAUCCCCCUGAGUCUUUAUCGGGGGAAAACGCACGUGCUGAUUGGCUGGAAUUGAAUGUAAGAGAGAGUGCGCGCGCUUUCUGGCUGUUGUUCAGCCAGUGAGCGCGAUCUGAAUAGUCGUGUCAUACUUGAAUAGACGAGCGGCCUAGUGUCUUUGAAUAGCUCGCCCUCCUACCAUUCAAAGCAUUUCUGAAGAAAUUCGAAGAAAAGUUGACCUUUUGGUAUCUUAUACAAACGAAGAAAGCAGGGUCAUAGACAAAUACGACAACACAGAUUUGUGCGCUGAGGUUCUAGAUUCCCAAAGAUGAGCCAAAUCACACAAAUUAAGAUGGAGAACCAACCCUCUCCCCAGGCCUCCGUCAAUAACAAUCAGACCAACACGAAUGCAGACGUGAAUAAAAACAAGCAGGAACAUGUUAAGCGCCCGAUGAAUGCUUUUAUGGUCUGGUCAAGAGAGAGGAGAAGAAAGAUGGCCCAACAUAACCCAAGAAUGCAUAAUUCUGAAAUCUCUAAGAUACUUGGUGCCGAGUGGAAGAGACUCCCCGAUUCAGAGAAGAACCCCUACAUUGAUGAGGCAAAGAGGCUCCAAGCCGAACACAGUGCCCAACACCCUAAUUAUAAGUACAAGCCAAGGCGCAGGAAAGCCAAACAGAUUCUGAAGAAAGAUAAAAUGGGCUUCCCGUACCCUGGAGCUGACCCCAAUGCUAUGUCGCCGGCAAUCAAAUUCCCAUACCCAUCACCAUUUCCACAAGAUCCCAUGUACCCCCUGUACAAUAUGAGUCCGAAUGCUGCUUAUCAGUUGUAUGACUCUUGCGUUACGGGGUUACCGAGGCAGACGAUGAUCACAUCGCCGCAACCGAGACAUACAAGCGCUCCAAAUACACAUGACUUCUACUCAUCAAUGGCGAUGCAGUCAAGAGGCUCAACCUCAAGUACCUCUGAUAUGAUGUCACUGCAGACAAGGUAUGCUAACCCUAUGGAUGUGGCCGUUACACAGGCGUUCACGACGACGCAAAGUAUGCACGUUCAACAACAGGAAUCACCGACAGUGAGCAGUUACUCUCAACUCUAUGGACAUGCUCAGCGGCACUUGUAGACUGAGAUAGUCCUUAUGAUAAUCAAAUUGCAUUGUGUUGCAUCUGGGUUGCAUUGUGUUGUUGGUAUUUUUGGAAGCCAUAAUAAAUCUAACGCGACACGCAUCUUUAUUUAGUUGCAACGUCAAUGCAGUUUUUUAACAAAUGACAAUUGCAUGUUGAUAAUAGAACUGAUUCGAAAGCAGAUUAUUGCUAAACGGAUGUAUAUGUUUUUACUGUCAGUCGGUCAGGGUAUAGUGGUCAAAUUUUACGUUAUUAUUGUUUAGGCCAAAAGCCGUUAAGAAGAAUCUCGUGUUUUUCAUGCUUAGAAGAAUAGGUGAACAUAUGAGACUUUAAAUACGAUCAUUUUAUCGUAUUGGGAUAAUAUCGGUCCAUAUUAUUUGAUUAAUGUUGUAAUAUAGCAAUAACUCUCCUUCUUUCCUGUAUUCAGUGAUACCUUACCAUGAAUUUAGUUCUUUACUGGCUCAAGCCAUUGAAGCCUUUCAUUUCAAUCAUCACAAUUUUUCUCUCUAUGAAUCCAAUAAAGCCACACACUAACUAGACUCUGUACCCCGUGGGUUUUAAAAUGGCCUCAUCAUUCCAGUACUAGACCUUCGGUUAUCAAUUCAGUGGCGCUGAUGCGAGACAUUACAGUAUAAAUUCGAACUAUUCAUAAAAUCAGGACAUUGCAGCGCAAAAUACUUUCAUCAUGAAGUACAUUUUAUAUUAGCUUUUUGUUGCUGCUCACCGGCCAUCUUUGGCACAGUAACACGUAAAGGCUAGAUCCCGAUACUCACCCACUACAACACUUAAAACACAGCACACUGAAAAUAUAUACAGUAAACUCCAGAUAACUCGAACUCCCAGUAACUCAAACAUUCACUAAGUCGAACUUAUAUUGCAUUCCUCUUGCCCAAUACAGUCAUCAUGUAAUAAUGUUCCCGAUAGCUCGAACAUUCUUUAUCAAGAACAGUUUCAUAGGUCUCUUGGGAGGUUUGAGUUAUUGCGAGUUUACUGUAUGCAAAAUAUCACUUAUGACGAUUCAAUUCACGUUUGCUUAUAGCUGAAUUGUGAUCUUUGAAUAACUCUUUCGGGCCUAGCUAGAUAAUACGAAACUUUGCGUUUCCCACGUUUAACACUUAUUUAAUCUUUAUAAUUCUUAUCGUUAUUUAAGCUCGUACGCACUAAUAUAUAUGUAUAUAUAUAUUUAUAUGUAUGAUUUCUGUUAUAUAUGAAUAUAUUAUACAUAUGAUAAAUUCUCCUGUGUAAGUAUGACCGAAGAUGAUGACGUCAUAGAUUGAAGAGCCAGUUUGAAAAAAACAAAAGCAUCAUAAGUAACAAAUAUGAAAAAGUUAGAUUUUACCAAUUUACCUACAAAAUUGUGCAAAAUGCUUUUAUCUCGGGAUCACUUACACAGAGUUACUAACAUCCAUUUUCAUAGCAUCCAAGCUCUCCUCAGAAAUUUAAUUUAGAGCAACACGCACGGCUAGUUUUGUGUUUAUACCAGGACAAACGUUCAUAUAUAAUUUUAAAGAUUUGA